CCUCAGAUUUCCUCCUCCUUCAUUCUGCUGCUCCCACCCAUCUCUGAUCUACCUCAUUUCAACUCAGCUUGAAAAACCCAAGAGACCAUUUGUUUGGGGUACAGAAAAAAAGAGACUGCAUGCUGAGGGGAUACCAAAGGCAACCAACUGCAGCUAUGGGCAGGAAGCAACGAGCUUCCUCUGGACUCCACAAGCACUGUGAGAAGUGUUUCAACCGGCACUGCCAAGCUCCAGUCGAGCCCACGGUCUCUUGUGUGGUGAUCAGCUGCCGGGCUCACUGCGGUGCUACUUUCCAUAUGUGUAAAGAGGACGAGCACCAACUCCUGUGUCCACUAGAGCAAGUCUCAUGCCUCAACUCUCUUUAUGGCUGCCCUUUCACCAUGGCCCGUUUCAAAGUGGCCAAACACCUCAGAGUCUGCCCCGCCAGUAUCGUUUCCUGUUCGAUGGAUUGGAAUCGUUGGCCAAACGUGGAUUCUGAGGACGUUCUGCACCAGAACAUUAUGAAAGAGGAGCCCGGCGAAGCGUGCUUAGAUGCGGCCCUCGCCUUGAGAGAUCAGAAAGCUCUUUUUAAGACACUCAGAAUGGCUGAGUUUUUCCCAGAAUGCAUGGAGGCCUGUCCCAUAGAUGAAGAAGGGACCGAUGGUGCUGAGUACUACCUAGGAGAAGGAGCUGGUCAGUCUGAAGCAACUAAGGCUGAGGCAGCCGGGCUCAGCCAGGAAGAGCGUGAGAAGAUUGCAAAAGACAAAGAAGGGGUAGAUUUAGUUGGUUACAAAACCUGGGAAAAUAUCUUCAGUAAAGAAUUCAAAGCGUGCACAGUAACAGGCCAACUGGCUGAAAACGAGGAAAGUGGAACGGAGAGUAAGCCUCUGAAAACAGGACCAACUUCUAGUGGCAACGAGAAAGGAAAGCCGCCAGAAGAAGGUAGCGGUGUGGGAGACAGUGAAAAAAACCAAGCCUCUCCUGAAGUGAAUUUAGCAGCUGAAAAGACAGGUUUGGCUCCUUGGCAAGAUGGAGUUUUGGAGAGGUUAAAAAAAGAGGUUCCUAUAGGGGAUUAUAAUAUGUAUCUGGUGCACCAUGGAAGGAUGCUAAUUCAUUUUGGUCAGAUGGCUGCUUGCACUCCCAGAGAGAAAGACUUUGUAUAUGGAAACCUGGAAGUUCAGGAAGUGAAGACUGUAACCACCUUCAGAGUGCCAGUCAGCUAUUGUGGCAAAAGAGCACGCCUUGGGGACGUUGUGGCGCACAGGAAGCCAACUAAGAGCGUAUCUGUGGAUACUUCAGAGUUAGGAGUAAGUCUGGAGGCUCUUCCUAAAUCCGAUGCAAUCAAAACUACACUGUUGUGUGCCUUGGAGAAGGAACUGAAAGGGCAUGAGAUCUCUGAAUCAAAGAGCGUCGAUGCUCUCUUCAUAGAUUUUGGGACGCAAACGUACAACUUUGCUAUGGAGCCUUUCGCUUCCACGGCUGUUCUAGCAGACACACUAGAUGCCAAAGACCCACCGAGUCUCCACCUGCAGCUCGGCAGCGAGAGUGUAACCCAAAGGCACAACAAAAGCAACUCUGCUUUCACGUUCUCUUGCAGCCACGUUUUCAGGAGAGACGAGUUUCCUUCGCAUUUCAAGAAUGUUCACGCCGACAUCCAGUCCUGCCUGAAUGGAUGGUUCCAGCGUCGUUGUCCACUUGCCUACCUGGGGUGCACUUUUGUUCAAUAUCCCUGGCGCCCGGCUGGGCAAAGUUCAAGUGUCAUCUACAGCCAGCACCUCAAGACAUUUGCCCUUAAGCCAGAGGUUGACCCCGUGCUCUCGGAAGCAAAGAAAUUUAACUUGAGCAGAAAUCGCAAGGGGAAAGAAAUGGAUGUUCUGAGCAGCCUUCCCCUGGAGAUCCUGAAAUACAUCGCUGAGUUUUUGGAUAGCUUCAGCUUGUCUCAGUUGGCUCAGGUGUCUGUGCAGAUGAGGGACAUCUGUGCUACUCUGCUGCAGGAGAGAGGAAUGGUUCUUCUGUUGUGGGAAAAGAAGAGAUAUUCUCAUGGCGGCACUUCUUGGAGAGUCCGCAAAAAGAUCUGGAAAUUUAGCAGCCUGUUCUCCACAGUUAAUAGCUGGCAAUUCAGUGACAUCCCUUCGAUGGCUGCACAUUUAAAGACCUGCCCUUUUUAUGAGGUAGAGAGCAAGGAGGACCCUGUUUUGCUGCCUAGCCUGUUUUCACCUGAAGAACAGAUGCAAGACACUUUGGUCUCCACAGUCAGACACAGCCUAAAGAAACUUCAGAGAAGACUUAAUUGAUUUUGAGAGAGAGGUUCUUUUGGAUCUGGAAGAACUCGAUCAGAACUUUAGCUGUUCUCUCUGAAAUGGAUUUCAUAUUCUUUAUUAGUAUGUCAACAGAAAAAAAAUCUUAGCUGUAUGCUUUCAGGAUAGAAUGAAACAGAGGGUGCAAUCCAGAAUCUUUCAAAUAAAUGGGAACUUCACUCCUGACUUCAA